AUGGGGAGAUUUUUGCUUGUGACCUUGUACCUAAACUUGAUCAUAAAGUUGUGUUUGAGUGAACAAAAUGGUAGCACAACCUAUAAAUGCAUCGAAUCUGAGAGAGAAGCACUUAGUACGUUCAGGAUGAACCUUGUGGAUCACUCUCAACGUCUUUCUUCAUGGGAUAGUGAUGAUUGUUGCAGUUGGAAAGGCAUUACAUGCGAUGAUCAAACUGGUCAUGUUACCAAAAUUAAUCUUCAAAAUAAACUUCGAUCAAGAGACGCGGUAUUUGAUUCAAUUUCAGAUACAAAAACUUCCUUAAGUGGUAAGGUAAGUUCUUCUUUACUCGAGCUAAAAUAUCUUAGUUACCUCGAUCUCAGCCUCAAUAAUUUUGGAGGUCCAAUUCCUAAGUUCUUUGGGGAUUUUCAAGACAUGAGUUAUCUAAAUCUUGCUUGUGCUUCUUUUUCUGGGGAGAUACCACCUCAACUCGGAAACUUGACAAACUUGCACUACUUAGAUCUUUACUCAUAUUCAAGCUCCCAAGAUUCAUUGACGGCCAAAUCUCUUCAUUGGCUUACUAAACUUACCUCUCUCAAAUAUUUGAACCUUGGAAGUGUUUUACUUUAUCACGUAUCUUCAGAUGCAUUGCAAUCAAUUAAUAUGUUGCAUUCCCUACGUGAGUUGAAUCUUUAUAAUUGUGAUAUGGAAAACCAUUUUCUUGAUCUUGAUCCUAUGACAUUAGUAAAUUUUACUUCUCUUGUGACCCUAAAUAUGUCGGAAAACUUCAUUGAAGGUCCAUUUCCUCAUUGGUUAUCAAAUCUUACUAGCCUUGAGGUGCUUGAUUUAAGUUUAAAUGACCUUAAUGGUCCUCUCCCUAUAUUCUCUGCAAGUAAUUCUUACAACUUGCAAUAUAUGGAUCUUUCGUUAAAUGACUUAGAUGUAAAACUCACUGAAGUUUUACUUGGUUUAAAAUCACUUAAAGCUAAUCUAGAGUACCUUGAUCUAUUAGAUACCAAGAUUUCAGGUUCUAUACCUACUUUUAUAGGCCAUUUUUCAUCCUUGAAGAUGUUGGACCUUUCUGGAAAUGCUAUUUCAGGUACAAUUCCAACUUCUUUAGGAAACUUAUCAUCCUUGAGAAAGUUGGACCUGUCAGGCAACUCUUUCUGGGGUUCAAUACCUUAUUCCAUAGGGAACUUGUCGUCCUUGGAGAAGUUUGACCUCUCUGGAAAUGAGAUGAAUGGUAGCAUUCCAGAGAGCCUUGGGCUCCUGUCGGAGUUAGUUGAGUUGCAUCUUGAUUCCAAUAAGUGGCAAGGCCCUGCUUUUCCUGUAUGGCUUCAAAGCCAAAGCUCUCUAACCUCUGUUGUUCUUCAAAAUACUGGAAUCUCUGACAUAAUACCUGUGGACUGGCUCUCUGAUGUUGCUUCACAGUUAACUUAUCUGGAUCUAUCCAAGAACAGUAUCAGGGGAAAGUUGCCUGCUAGAUUAGUUUUCGCAAAUCUCUCUAUAAUUGAUUUGAGUUCGAAUCGUAUUGAGGGCGACUUCCCAAAUUGGUUGAUCAAUGCACGAGAGUUACAUCUUCAAGAUAAUCUGUUCUCUGGAACUUUACCCGAAGACAUUGGUGAUCUAAUGCCUAGUUUGUUAGAAAUGGAUCUUUCCUGGAACCUUUUCAGUGGCGCUAUCCCAUCAUCUUUUUGUGGAAUGAAGAGUUUGGGAGUCCUUAGCUUAAGAAACAACAACUUCUCCAAAGAGAUACCAGAUUGUUGGGAAAGAGCAGAAAAGCUACAAGAUUUAGAUUUAUCAAACAAUAGAUUAUCUGGUACCAUGCCUCCAUCACUGUUUACUGGAGCCUUCCUUUCUGCUUUGUUGUUAAGUAACAACAAUCUGGACGGGGAAAUCCCAAAGUCAUUGUUUCAGAUUCAUUCGGGUCUUAUGAUGUUGGAUAUUGGAGGAAACAAUUUCUCAGGAAGCUUACCUAUAUGGUUAGGAGAAAGUUUGUCAAGUCUUCUUAUUUUGGUGCUCAGAGAAAAUUCAUUUUCAGGGAAAAUUCCUACUGAGCUAUGCAAGCUUGAAUACCUUCAUUUCCUUGAUCUGUCUUGGAAUACUUUCUCAGGCACCAUCCCAAAGUGUUUCAACAACUUGACUGCUUUGGUGAAUGGAAGCUAUGACAUAUUCCACGACACUCAACGAUAUUUCGGGAUACACUAUGAUGGACACUUGGUUGUUACAACAAAAGGGAGCCAGUAUGAGUAUGGUAAGACUGCUGCAUUGGUUAACGGCAUUGAUCUUUCGGGGAAUAACCUUUCUGGGAGUAUUCCACCUCAAAUAACAAGCCUUUCAUUACUAGCCAUUUUGAACCUGUCAAUGAAUCACUUGAGUGGAAACAUUCCACAAAAUAUUGGUGAUAUGAGAUCAUUAGAAACACUUGAUUUGUCAAACAACCAUCUUUCAGGCGCAAUUCCUUCAACUUUAUCCUUGCCAACUUUCCUUGCACACUUAAACUUGUCUUUCAACAACCUCGAGGGUAGAGUCCCCUCGGGCAGUGAGCUUCAAACUCUUAAUGAUCCAUCCAUUUAUGAGGGUAAUUCAUUACUUUGUGGUGCUCCUCUCCUUACCAAGUGUGCCGGAGAUCAUGGAACUACAAGUUUGGUGACGCCAACUUCUAGCAUACAAGUGCAGGAGGAUGAAGACGACAAGAAUGACUAUGAGGGGAUUUGGUUCUACAUAACCAUUGUCUUGGGAUUCAUUGUGGGAUUUUGGAGCGUUUGUGGAACUCUGGCGUUGAAGAAAUCAUGGAGAGAUGCUUAUUUUUAUUUUUUAGAAGACAUGGGAAAUAAAAUAGGGCUGCGAUUGAAGUUUAGGCACACCGAUCACUAG